GAUAUGUAGAAUUAGAGUUACAGCUACGAGAAUUUGACCGUUGUCGAAUUUUAUAUUCGAAAUACCUGGAACAUAAUCCUGCUAAUUGUUAUGCAUGGAUAAAAUUCGCGGAACUUGAAAGAAUGUUGGGCGAUUAUGAUCGUUGCCGAGCUAUUUUUGAGCUCGGAGUAGAGCAACCAGUUUUAGAUAUGCCAGAAUUAUUAUGGAAGGCUUACAUCGACUUUACUGAAGAAGAAUUCGAGAAUACUCGACAGUUAUAUAAGCGAUUAUUAGAAAAAACUGGUCAUGUUAAAGUAUGGAUUAGUUAUGCACAAUUUGAAUUAAAUGCUGAUCAAGGUAAUCAUGAAGAUGGAGUUUUACGCGCACAUAAUGUAUUUGAAACAGCUUAUCAGAGUAUGAAAGAAAAAGAAUUGAAGGAAGAGGUUCAAAAUUAA